AGUGUUUAGUCACGUCACUAGUUAAUCUCAUGUGCGCGAGGUCGAAUCCUUUUCGCUUUGUGCGUUAUAAUUUUUAUAAUAUUUUAGCCUACGGCUAGUUUUUUUUACUGCGACUUGAAUAAGAAAUGACCGCUGAAAACGAACGCGAAAUAUAUCACAAGUUAGAAGCCAUGAAGGAGAUUAGGAAUAAGACAAUCACCUUGGAGCGCCUAAAGCGGAGCAUCCUCACAGAGGUCCGCUCCGGAGACGCCGAGGGCCGCUGUUUGGCGCAAUACAAGCGUGAGAUGGAGCUGCUGCAGCAGGAAAAAAUGAGCCAUGUGGAGGAACUACGACAGAUUCAUGCUGACAUUAAUGCGAUGGAAACAGUGAUAAAGCAGACAGAAGAGUCGAUGUCCCGGAAGCUUUCAGCGGCUUCCCGACUCCACGAAGACUAUCGACCGUUGAAGGCGGAAGUGGAUCUACUGCGGCGGCAGUGUUUGGGUCUGGAGCGACUGCCGGAGUUGCAUGAGGAGGAAGGAAGCCCUGUCACACCAGACCGCUUCCCCGCGCUGAGCGCGGCGGCGCCGCGGGCGGUGCCGUUCCUGGCGCCGGCGCCGGUGCGCAAGCCGCCGCCGCCGCCGCCCGCGUUCAGGUCUGCUCUCGACCAAGAUUUCCUUACCGUCUCGCUGAGACAGCAGCCGCCGCCGAUGAAGUCGUGCCUGUCGUGCCACCAGCAGAUCCACCGCAACGCGCCCAUCUGCCCGCUCUGCAAGGCCAAGUCCCGCUCUCGGAACCCUAAGAAACCUAAGAAGAAAUAGUAGAACAUUUCAUGACGUUACUAUUGCCAGGUUUUGUUUGUUUAUAAUUCUGGAGUGAGAAGAAAUGUGCAGUCAAGUUUAUAUAGUCGACUCGAGUGUGCUUUUAUCGUUUUCGAAAUAUAAGGAAAAUAUACAGUUAUUUAAAGAUAGAAAUAUUCGAAAGUACUGGGAGGAAUAUUUUAAUUUUUAUUUAUAGAAACAUAAAAUAUGUAACAUGACAGUAUCUAUAUAUACCAUAUGGCUCCGUCGAUUUCGAUUUUUAAAUAAAUUGCUACUAUUUGUGGUUGAUCACAAAUAAUACCUAAUUAAUGGGUCUCUAUUGUUUACCAUAAGAUUUUAAGUCAUAAUGUUGUUUGUCCGCAUUUUCGUUAGUUAUAAUUUAGUUUUUCUCAGAAACGCGUAACUUUUCAGGAUUGGCAUGAAACGAACCUAACCUAUCUAUAGGAUAACCUCACGAAAAUCCUGAAAAGUUAACGGAUUCAGAGUUAUGACUUUCAAUAAUUAUAUCAAACAAAGGGAUCCGCUUAUUCAUACAUUUUACGAUUUUUUAGAUUAGAGUCGAAUGCACUAAUUAUUUUUUCUUGAACUAACUAUAUAUUAGAAUUUUAUUUUGUUUGUGUUGUCCUACUUUUUGUAUUUCUUUUGUCUGGCGAUAGACUAAAACAUGCAUUCAAAUUACAUUUCAGAAAUUCAUGCGAAGGAACCGAGAAAUAAUUUUCUGUUAUAUAAAUACACAUACAUACACAUAGUUAUGAUAAAUUAUAGUAUUUUUCAACUAUUUCCAUUUGUGCCAAAUAGUAGAAAAGAAACAUAACAAUAUGUAUUUUGUUAUAAAUUUGUAGCUGCUUGUCAUCUGAAGGAUAUAAUAUAUACAUUCUGUUAUAUUGUUUUUACUGUUUAGGCCUGCAAUAUUAUAAGGCAUUGGAGGUCAAAAGUAGCGUUGUCCAAUCAAAAUACAUUGAAACUGUGCCAAACAUAUAUAUAAAAAUACCAAGUAAACAUCCAUAUUGUUUUCUAAAACGCAUGUAGAUUUUGUAAAUAGUUUUAUAGUGUAAUAUAAGUAUAGGUUAGGUUAGUAUACAAUUGUGGAGUCUAAGUAGUCUCUGCAUAUAACCCAAUGAGCAAGGAUUUGGCCCUGAUAUUAAUUCUCCCGUUUAACUUAAUUUUAUUUUAAAUUAAGUACUUCACUAGAAUCUGAGAAAUUAUUCUUAAUAUUUUCAUACAUACGAUGUGUUUAGUCUAACCGCUUAUGCCCAAACACAGACUUGAAUUGUUGAGCAAUUUAUAUUAUACACUUAUGACGAGAGACACGGAAGAAUUAUUAGGGUUACCAUAUCGUCAGGUGACAAGCAAAACUCACUAAUUACAAAAAAAUAAUUAAACAAACAUCAACCUUAUUGUAUAAGCAGCUUACUCAAUUUCCCGGUAGAUGGCUCUUUUCAUUUUUACAACUAGUGAACGUGUGUCUACCGUGCAUUUUAUAAGGUAAUCAUUUUUUUUUGUGUGAUCUGUGUGGAGUAUAGUAACAGCCAAAUUAAACAAACUGCCGUCAGCACUGUGUAUAAUUAAA